CUACUGUAAUCUUUGUGGUCGUUUGGAUUCUACUGACGUCCAGUGGUGAUCACGCGUAUUGCCGAGGCUCAUAAGUAAAGUGUUACACUGACUUGAGUUGAUAUUUUAGGCUACAUUGUAUUAAUGAUUAAUGGACUUAUCGAUUGGUUMUCUUUUUGGGGUAAGCGGCUCUGUUUGAUUAAGCUUGUUACAUGUUCACGUGUGGGUGGACGGGAUAAAGUCAUUAUUCACACUGAUUUCGUAACUUUGGAUUUUCCCGUCCAGUAAACACCACAAUAUAUUGUUUUUAUCGGCUUCUUAAUUUUUCGCCGUGUUCUACCCUAAUCAAUUUCGUUGAAACACGACAACCAGAGCCUAGAGGAACUCCAGAACUGACAAAAAAKUCCUCGUAUCUGCUUCCAUUCAGCACUGCUCUCAUUCUUUACCUUGGCCAUGCAACUCAUUAUUUCCUGUGUUUUCCUGGCAUCUUGGAGGGGAUUGGUCAUAGGGUCCCGCUGCCCUCUGAAUGACUUCCAGCGUUCCGAGGGAAGGGAACUGGUUCCUACCUCCUGGAACUCUGCACGGGUGCUGAUACUCCCAGGGCUGACGCUGGAUGACUGUGCCAGACGAUGCUCAAAUACACUGGACUGCAGAGCCUUCAACUACGAGACGCGUCCCUCCAUCACCUGUAAACAGCUGCCAUGGGUGGAGGAUGGCAGCAACGCAGAGGUCAAGAGGAAUGUCAACUGUGACCUUUAUGAGAAGAAGGUCUACGUAAGAAAGUGCAUUGUGGGUAAAGGAGAAGACUAUCGAGGCAAGGUGUUCAUGACAAAAAGUGGCCAUACUUGUCAACAGUGGUGGUCAAAGUUCCCACACGAUCACAGAUGGACACCCACAGCCACUAAUGGCUUGGAGCUGAACUACUGCAGGAACCCAGAUGGGGACCGCAUCGGGCCGUGGUGCUACACCACUGAUCCAGAACGGCGUUAUGAGACCUGCAAUAUCCCCCACUGCAAAGAUGAGGUGUGUAUCACAUGUAAUGGGGAAGACUACAGGGGUCAGGUUGACCACACAGUGAGUGGCAGAGAGUGCCAACGUUGGGACCAGCAGUACCCACACCAACACAUCUACCAGCCUGAGAAGUAUCCAGAUAAGAGCUUGGAUGAUGACUACUGCCGUAACCCAGACGCCUCCCCUGUUCCCUGGUGCUACACCACAGACCCUGAUAUGGAGAGAGAGCGCUGCGAGAUCAGCAAGUGCUCUGUGGUUACAAAGAGACGCCUCCGGUCCAGCUACACCACAAACUGUUUCCGUGGUCGCGGGGAGGAUUACCGCGGUAAAGUAAAUGAGACGACCGGCGGUAUCGCCUGUCAGCGUUGGGACGCCCAGUACCCGCAUGAGCACCCCUUCUACCCAAACACCUACGAAUGCAAGGGCUUGGAGGAGAACUACUGUCGUAACCCAGAUGGAUCCGAGGCGCCCUGGUGCUUCACGUCUGUGCCUGAGAUGAGGACGGCUCUUUGUUUACAGAUCAAACGCUGUGCAGACGACAUUGAAGCUGAGGAUUGCUACCAUGAAAAUGGUAAAAACUACAGGGGUGUAGUCCGUAAGACGCGUAAGGGCAUCACCUGUCAGAAGUGGAGUGUCAACAUGCCUCACAAAACAAAGAUAAACCCAGGGACCCACCCUGAUGCCAACCUGACAGAGAACUACUGCCGGAACCCAGAUGGGGACCAGCACGGACCCUGGUGCUACACUACUGACCCCAAAACAGAGUUUGACUACUGUGCCAUCAAGCAAUGUGCUGGGGAGAAAGUGUCCAUCAUUGAGCCAUCAGAGAUUGUGGAGUUUAAUGAGUGUGGAAAGAGAGAGGAUCGUUUGGCCAAGAGCCCAAUACUGCGUAUUGUUGUGGGGCUUCCUGGAAACUCCUGGACAGUCAGUCUCAGAGACAGGAAAGGAAACCAUUUCUGUGGAGGCUCCCUGGUUAGCGCCAAAUGGGUGAUCAGUACUAAGCAGUGUUUCUCCUCUUGCUAUGUUGACCUUCCGGGGUACUCGGCCAUGAUGGGGACAUUGUUUCGUAACCCCAUAGUAGGAGAGCCAGACCGACAGACUAUCCCUCUCACCAAGAUCGUCUGUGGACCCUCUGAGUCCCAGCUGGUUAUGCUACAACUGGAAUACCAUGCCCAGUUUAACGAGCGUGUGUCUCAGAUAUGCCUGCCCCCUGAACGCUACAUAGUUCCAGAAGGAACCCUCUGUGAGAUCGCAGGCUGGGGGGAAACUCAAGGCACUUCUACAGAUGACUCUGUGCUCAAUGUGGCUCAAAUACCAGUUCUAAGCAACAAGGAUUGUAACAACUACUUUCGGGGUCGUGUUCGGGAGAACGAGAUGUGCACCAACUCCUUCCAGGGUGGGGUGGGUGCCUGUGAGAGAGAUUAUGGGGGKCCUCUGGCCUGUCAGAACAGUGACUGCUGGGUGCUUGAGGGAGUGAUCAUCCCCAUGAGGCGCUGUGGACACCCAGGCCAGCCUAACAUCUUCAUCCGUGUCUCUGUCUAUGUGGACUGGAUUAAGAAGGUCAUGGAGAUGGCUUAGCCACAAAUACAUUGUCACCAAGCAGUGACUGGCUCUAUGUUCUACUGGACUGCAAUACAUUUAUCCACUUUCAUCCCCCUACCCAUAGCUCACAAUCCAUGACCACCUAAUUGUGAUCCGUGACCGUCUACAUACAAUUAGUUAAUAUACACUGAGUAUAUCAGAUAUUAGGAACAGUAUUGAUUUGCCCUCAGAAAAGUCUCAAUCCUUCGGGGCAUGGACUCUACAAGGUGUCGAAAGCAUUCGACAGGGAUGCUGGUUGACUGCAGUACUUCCCACAGUUAUGUCAAGUUGGCUGGAUGUCCUUUGGGUGGUGGACCAUUCUUGAUACACACAGGAAACUGUUGACCGUGAAAAACACAAACCGAUGCACAUGGUACCUACUACCAUACCCUGUUCAAAGGCACAUAAAUAUUUAUUCUUGCCCAUUCCCCCACUGAAUGGUACAUAAACACAAUCCAUGUUGCAAUUGUCUCAAGGCUUAAAAAUCCUUCUUUAGCCUGUGUCCUCCCCUUUGUCUACACUGGUUGAAGUGUAUUUAA